AUGGAUCCAGUCUCAGCUUGGGGCAACAGCUCACUUUCCACAAUCGACACAGAAAUCCACGAUCUAAUCGAGAAGGAGAAACGCCGUCAAUGUCGCGGAAUCGAGCUGAUUGCGUCGGAAAAUUUCACUUCCUUUGCCGUAAUUGAGGCACUUGGCAGUGCAUUAACCAACAAGUACUCCGAGGGCAUGCCGGGAAACCGCUACUACGGUGGCAACGAGUAUAUUGACGAGAUCGAGAAUCUGACUCGUUCCCGUGCACUCCAGGCGUACCGUCUGGAUCCCACCAAGUGGGGUGUCAAUGUGCAGCCGUACAGUGGUAGCCCGGCAAACUUUGCCGCGUAUACUGCUGUGCUGAACCCACACGACAGGAUUAUGGGGCUUGACUUGCCAUCUGGUGGGCACUUGACGCAUGGGUACUACACUUCUGGUGGGAAGAAGAUUAGUGCCACUUCGAUCUAUUUUGAGAGCUUGCCGUAUAAGGUGGACUCGAAAACUGGGUAUAUUGAUUACGAUAGGUUGGAGGAGAAGGCUAUGGAUUUCAGGCCAAAAUUGAUUAUUUGUGGGGGGAGUGCUUAUCCUAGAGAUUGGGAUUAUAAGAGGUUCAGGGAAAUUGCUGAUAAGUGCGGGGCGCUUUUGCUUUGUGACAUGGCUCACAUCAGUGGGCUUGUUGCUGCUCAGGAAGCUGCAGAUCCAUUUGAGUAUUGUGACAUAGUUACAACUACCACUCACAAGAGCCUUCGGGGUCCUAGGGCUGGUAUGAUCUUCUACAGGAAGGGUCCGAAGCCACCCAAGAAGGGCCAGCCUGAGGAUGCAGUUUAUGACUUUGAGGACAAGAUCAACUUUGCAGUUUUCCCGUCUCUGCAGGGUGGUCCUCACAACCACCAGAUUGGUGCUCUCGCCGUGGCAUUGAAACAGGCUAUGUCACCUGGAUUUAAGGUCUAUGCCAAGCAAGUCAGGGCCAAUGCAGUUGCCCUUGGAAAUUAUCUCAUGAGCAAAGGUUACAAGCUUGUCACUGGUGGAACUGAAAACCACCUUGUUCUGUGGGAUCUUCGCCCUCUUGGAUUGACAGGGAACAAGGUAGAGAAGCUUUGUGACCUAUGCAACAUUACUGUUAACAAAAAUGCCGUGUUCGGUGACAGCAGUGCAUUGGCUCCAGGAGGGGUUCGCAUUGGUGCUCCUGCCAUGACAUCAAGAGGGUUGGUCGAGAAAGACUUCGAGCAAAUUGCUGAAUUCCUCCACAGGGCUGUGACCAUAACUUUGAAUAUCCAGAAGGAGCACGGAAAGCUUUUGAAGGACUUCAACAAAGGUUUAGUGAACAACAAAGAUAUCGAGGAACUCAAGGCUGAUGUCGAGAAGUUUUCAGGCUCUUUUGACAUGCCGGGAUUCCUGAUGUCUGAGAUGAAGUACAAGGACUAA